AUGGGGAGAGGCAAGAUUGUGAUCCAGAGGAUCGAUGAUUCGACGAGUAGGCAAGUCACUUUCUCCAAAAGAAGAAAGGGUCUGAUCAAGAAAGCUAAAGAACUCGCUAUUCUCUGUGACGCCGAGAUCGGUCUCAUCAUUUUCUCCAAUACCGAUAAGCUCUAUGACUUUGCCAGCUCCAGUAUGAAAUCGGCUAUUGAACGAUUCAACAAAACCAAGAUGGAGCAGCAACAACUAGUGAACCCUGCAUCAGAAGUUAAGAUUGUGUUGCGUGUUGUAGUUUUGGCAGAGAGAGGCCACAACUCUAAGGCAAGAGCUGCACUCAUUGCAGGAAAGUCAUCGAGGAACCUUAUUCAUCAUGAGAACCUCGAAUUGUCGAGAAAUGUACAAAGGAUUCAUCAAGAAAACAUCGAGCUACACAAGAAGGCUUAUGCAACGUCAAGCACAAAUGGAUUCGGACUUCGUGAGCUUGAAGAUGCAGCCGAUGAGUCCCAUGCACAGGUUAGGCUGCAGCUAAGUCAGCCUGAGCAGUCAUCAAAGAGCUAA